AUGCCGCCACCGGAAUUGGUCCGGGGCAAAACUGAUGAUGUCUUCUCCGAUUUUGCACUCCUUUAUACUGUCCAUUCUAACUGCACUUCCGUAAUUUCGAUGGAGAAUAGUCGCAGAAAUAUCUUGAAUCACAUAGUGUCAUUGAUCUUUUCUCUCGCUCAAAACUUGCGCAGUUCAAUCGGAUCAAAGAGUUCUGGAGCCCCCGUUUCAGCCCCGGCCGCCGUGGAGACCGCGUUUUCCGACGAAGAUAAAGAGAGAGUUCUGGAAGAGAAUUUGCUAUUGAAUCCAAACGAUGUUGGAGCGUUAAGGAGUUUGAUGGAGAUGAAGAUCCAGAGCCGGAAAAUUGCAAAAGCUAUUGGCAUUAUCGAUCGAUUGAUGGAGAUUGACCCGAGCGAUACGGAGUGGCCGUUGCUGAAGUCCCAUUUGUAUGCUUACAGUGGAGAGGUGGAAACGGCGAAAAAUGGAUUCAAUGAGAUUCUGGCAAAGGACCCUUUUAGGGCUGAGGCUUAUCACGGACUGGUAAUGGCUGCAUCCAAGUCCAAAUCGACCCAGGAUUUGAUGGAAAUCGAGAAAAGAAUCGAGGAGGGGAUGAAGUUGUGUAAGAAGCAAGGCAAGAAGGCAGAAUUUAGGGAUUUCAAGCUUUUGGAGGCGCAAAUUCGGGUGAUUGAAGGAAAGCAUGAUGAGGCUUUGAAGGUUUAUCAGGAAUUGGUGAAGGAGGAGCCCAGGGACUUUAGACCAUACAUAUGCCAAGGGAUCAUAUACACAUUAUUGAGGAAAAACAAUGAAGCUGAGAAGAACUUCGAGAAGUUCCGGAGAUUGGUGCCCAAGGGCCAUCCUUAUGCAACAUACUUUGAUGAAACUAUGAUUGCAACAAAGGUUUUUGCACAGAAAAUGGAGAACGAAAUAGCAAUGUCCAAGAAAUGAAAAGCUUCGGUUUAAUUCAGAGCCCCCAAUUGGCCUGUUUGAGCUGUUCCUAUUGUGGGAUGCGGUAUGCUGCAGUUUCUCUGUUGAGUUAUUGACAAGCAUAUACUUUACAUAUAUUGUUUUGCAUAU